AGGAGGAGCAGGACGUGGGAACUUUUGCUUCUGAACCCACACCAGUCCGGACAGUUCAAGACUAUGCGAAGUGACCCUGGAUAACCCGCAUGGGCGCCUUCACUAUCCACUAACCUGUGAACGAGCACUUUUUACGCGCGCGUAAAUUUACUGGCACUGGAAGCAUGCACCUUGCGCUUCUGCUGACGCUGGGUUUCGGCUCCGCGUUUGCAUGCCAGCUUCCAAGCGAGUGGCGACCCUUGAGCGAGGGUUGUCGGGCUGAACUCGCCGAGAUUAUCGUGUACGCCAAAGUGCUGGCCAUCCACGAAGAGCCGUACGCGUCCAGCCUGUACAACUACCUGCCGUACCAGAAGCACGAGCGCGCCGAGGACGCGCUGCUGUACGCUGCGGAGGUGGAGUUGCUAUGCGACCAGGCGUGGGGCAGCAUGCUGGAAGUGCCCGCGGGUUCACGCCUCAACCUCACGGGACUCGGCUACUUCAGCUGUCAGUCACACACGGUGAUGGAAAACAACUCCUACAUAUUCUUUCUCAGGAUGGAUGAAAACUACAACAUCCUCCCGCAUGGAGUUAACUUCCAGGAUGCCAUAUUCCCUGACACUCUGGAGAACAGACGCCUGUUUUCGAGCCUCUUCCAGUUUUCAAACUGCUCUGGUGGACAGACAAUGCACGACUUUAAUAGCGAUUGGGAGAGCCAGGAAGACAGCAGGCUGCUGUGUUCCUCCAUGCAGAAGGUGUUGUUUGAGGAGGAGGAGAGGGUGGGACAGCUUGAGGAGCGCGUGGCCGAGCUGGAGAGGAAGAACGAACAAUUAAAAGAACGAGUGGGAAAACUGAGGCAUUCUCUGAGGAAAACCCGGAAAGUGCUGCGCCGUGCUGAGAGGGAACGCCAGGAGCUUCAAGAGCAUCUGAAGACAGUGGAGAGACAUGCAGGACAUCACCUCAAUGCCAUUCCACCCCAACACAGCCCUUCACAACACAGAUACACACACGGACUGUGAGCUCCAACACUCACACUCACAGCACAAACAUAUGGACUCGUGAGGCUGCAGGGCAGUCUACAAAAUAUGUAAUAUUUCAGCAAUAAUUCAAUUAACUUGUACAUAAUUUUCAUGUUGAAGUUUAUAUAAGAUAAACGUUAAUAAGCUUUUUAAAUUGAAGAUCAUAUUGUAAAAAUGAAGACUUCAUAACUCACAAAUGACUUGUUAGUGUAACCUAAUGUAAUAGUGUAGACUUGUAUUCAGAAUUAGAGCAAUUAACUUUGAUUAGGUGAAUUUUUAACACCUUAAAACAUGUCUACAGUGUUUUAGUUCACCCAAAAUUCUAAUAUUUAC